AUGACGUCAGUUGUGCCAAGCUACAACGGAGUAGAGAGCUCAAAGGACACAUCAGUGAGUAAACCCAAUCUGGGAAGCAGUGCCAUGCGCACACCCCUGCUGGAUUGGAACAGCCAGACCCCAGCCUCUGUCUAUGCCAGGAGGAAGCAACAAGGUCGCACCUCAUUCACCCGCCAGCAGCAGAAGGAGCUGGAGGCUCUGUUCAGCCAGACCAUGUUCCCAGCGAAGAAUGUCCGGGAAGAACUGGCUGGAAGGCUCAACCUGGAGGAGAAAACCGUAAAGAUCUGGUUCCGGAACAGGCGUUUCAAGCUGAGGAAGCAGCAGAAGCAGGAGGAGCAGUCACUGCAGCAGUCAAAGCAGACGCCUCCACCUGUGAACAGUGUGCCUUCCUCACUCAGAGCAUCCGCCAAAGCACACUACCUCACUUCUCUAGCUUCAGAUUUUGAUGGCUCCCUAUCAAGGCGGCACACAAACCCUUGUGACUCAUCGGAGGAUGAGAGUCCCACAACUGAUUUCCAAAUGCGUGAUUUUCAGUUAGACAAGCUGGAGGCCUCUGUUCGUGCUGUGUGUUCCGAUGCCUUUGACAUAAGCCAAAUCAUAGACCUAUACAGUUUUCCUGAUGAGUGUGAGGACUCUGACUGUUUUGGCUGUCUGUAUCAGUAUCUUUCACCUACAACGUCCCAGCCAGAAGAAAAUGAUGUCUCUCUCUGCUCCCUUUAUGGUCCGGUUAUUUGUCCACCUCCUGGGCAAACCUGCAUACCCAGUGUGAGGAGCCAACCCUGUGCUGCCUGGGGUCCCCAGUAG